CGGGGGGGAUGGAGGAGGGAGGCGGUGCGGGGCUUCGGUGCGGCAGCUGGGCUCCUGUGCCACUGCGGAGGCUGCGGAGACCCCUUCUGCCCGACCUGCCCGACCCGCAGGCAGCAGGACGAUGCUGGCGGUGUCGCUCAAGUGGAGGCUGGGCGUGGCCAGGCGGAGGCCCAAAGGGCCAGGCAAGCGCCUGCAGGAGCCGUCCGCACUGCCUGCCCACACUGCACAUCCGCACUGGGCAUCCACACUCCCGUCCCAAGUACUGAGGACGGCGAGUCCCCUUUAAGCAGAGAGCCGCCGCCUGGGAGCUCUGUCCCUCCCCUAGCCCCUCCCUGGGGACAGGGACAGCGACACUGCAGGCCGAGGUGGGCCACAAGGACCAGCAGCAUGCUGUGCGGGCUGCGUGGCGAGCCCCCUGGAACGGAGGACGACCGGCCUUAUUGCAAAGGCGGCCAGGACGUGGGUGGCGGUGAAGGGGCCCUGGUCUGCCGCAGACAGAGCAUCCCAGAGGAGUGCCGUGGCGUCACUGUGGUGGAGCUGACCAAGAGCGAGGGCAGCACGCUGGGCCUGACCGUUUCAGGUGGCACCGACAAGGAUGGGAAGCCCAGGGUCUCCAGCCUCAAGCCCGGGGGGCUCGCGGCCAGGAGUGACCUGCUGACCGUGGGCGACCACAUCCGGUCGGUGAACGGCAUCCGCCUGGCCCGGCUGCGCCACGACGAGAUUGUCGCCCUGCUGAGGAACGUGGGGGAGCGCGUGGUGCUGGAGGUGGAGUAUGAGCUGCCCCCGCCCGCUCCAGAGAACAACCCCAGGAUCGUCUCAAAGACAGUGGACGUCUCCCUCUACAAGGAGGGCAACAGCUUUGGCUUCGUCCUCCGAGGAGGCACCCAUGAAGACCUGCACAAGUCCCGCCCACUCGUCCUGACGCACGUGCGGCCAGGGGGUCCAGCUGAUAGGGAGGGCUCCCUGAAGGCAGGCGACCGGCUGCUCAGCGUGGACGGCAUACCGCUGCACGGAGCUAGUCAUGCCACCGCCCUGGCCACCCUGCAGCGGUGCGGCCAUGAGGCGCUCUUCCGGGCGGAGUAUGAUGUGGCCGCCCCAGACUCCGUGGCUGGGGCGACCGGGCCACUGGUGGUGGAGAUCGUGAAGACGCCGGGCUGUGCCCUGGGCAUCUCACUCACUGCUGGCUGCCACCGGAACAAGCCGGUCAUCACAAUUGACCGCAUCAAGCCAGCCAGCGUGGUGGACAGGAGCGGGGCCCUGCACCCGGGGGACCACAUCCUGUCCAUUGACGGCACCAGCACGGAACGCUGCUCCCUGCAAGAUGCCACCAAGUUGUUGGCAGGAGUGGCAGAGAAGGUGCGGCUGGAGGUCCUGCCUGCACCCCAGAGCCGGUGGCCCCCACAGCCUGCAGAUGCAGUGAAGGUGCAGAGUUUCGAGCCCCCUGGCCGGGACCCCCACACGCCCUCCUGCCAUAGCCCGAGGCCCAGCUGGGGCCCAGAGCAGAGCCGAGUCCUGUCCUCCAGCCCCUUCUCCUCGCCACUUGUGGACCACGCCUCUCCCCGCACACACCCCAGCACCCUGCCCCGGGGACCGCCGCCUGGGAGCCCGCGCACCACUCCGGGGCACAGGCGGCCACGCAGGAGGGAGCACAGGAGCUCACUGUCCCUGGCAUCUAGCAUGGUGGGGCCAGGUGGGCAGAUUGUGCACGUGGAGACCACGGAGGUGGUGCUGUGCGGGGACCCCCUCGGCGGCUUCGGCCUCCAGCUCCAGGGCGGCAUCUUUGCCACCGAGACCCUGUCGUCCCCACCCCUCGUGCGCUUCAUUGAACCUGAUAGCCCAGCAGAGAGGUGUGGCCUGCUGCAGGUAGGCGACCGAGUCCUGGCCAUCAAUGGUGUUGCCACCGAGGACGGGACCACGGAGGAGGCCAACCAGCUGCUUCGGGACGCCGCACUGGCCCACAGGGUUGUGCUGGAGGUGGAGUUCGAUGUGGCGGAGUCCGUCGUGCCGAGCAGCGGCACCUUCCACGUGAAGCUGCCCAAGAGGCGCGGUGUGGAGCUGGGCAUCACCAUCAGCUCGGCCAGCAGGCGGCGCGGCGAGCCCCUCAUCAUCUCCGACAUCAAGAAAGGCAGCGUGGCGCACAGGACGGGCACCCUGGAGCCGGGCGACAAGCUGCUGGCCAUCGACAACGUGCGGCUGGACGACUGCCCCAUGGAGGAGGCCGUGCGCAUCCUGCGCCAGUGCGAGGACCUGGUGAGGCUGAAGGUCCGCAAGGACGAGGACAACUCCGACGAGCAGGAGGCCACGGGCGCCGUGAGCUACACCGUUGAGCUGAAGCGCUACGGGGGACCGCUGGGCAUCACCAUCUCCGGCACCGAGGAGCCCUUCGACCCCAUCGUCAUCUCCGGCCUCACUAAGCGCGGGCUGGCCGAGAGAACCGGCGCCAUCCAUGUGGGGGACCGCAUCCUGGCCAUCAACAGUGUAAGCCUCAAGGGCCGCCCGCUGAGCGAGGCCAUCCACCUGCUGCAGGCGGCUGGCGAGACUGUCACACUGAAGAUCAAGAAGCAGCUGGAGUGCCCACUCGUAUCCCGCAAGUCGGGCAGUGUCAGCGAGGCCAGUGACACCGAAGAGGACCCACCCGAGGCCCUGAAGUCCGGUGCGCUGGUCACCCGCUUUCCAUCUGCAGUGUGCAGUGUGGACAGUGCCGUGGAGUCCUGGGACAGCUUGGCCACUGAGGGUGGCUUUGGGGGCCCAGGUGCCUACACCCCGCAGGCGGCUAUCCGGGGGGCAGCCCCCCAGCAACGGCGGCACAGUAGGCCACGGCGCAGCCCCCCACCCGGGGAUGCCGGGAGGACGAGCUACACCCCAGGCCCCGGCGAGCAGUCCUUCCCUGAGGAUGAGGACGAAGACUGGGGGCCACCCGCGAGCCCCAUCCCUGUCCCCGGCCCCGGCCGAGAGAGGGGCUUCUGGCCAGCGCUGGGAGAGGCCCUGGAGGACCUGGAGUCCUGCGGUCAGUCGGAGCUGCUCAGGGAACUGGAGGCCUCCAUCAUGGUAGGCGCCCUGCCCAGUGCGGUCCUGGAGGGCAGACCUGGGUCCCGGGCUUGGAGGGGCACACGGGAGCCUCGUGCGUCUGCAGAAGAACUGCGUGAGCUGCUGCUCCCCACCGCGCUGGAGAUGCACAAGGUGAUGCUACACAGAGACCCCACACGGCGCGAUUUUGGCUUCAGCGUGUCCGACGGCCUCCUGGAAAAGGGUGUCUAUGUGCACACCAUACGCCCCGGUGGGCCGGCCCAGCAUGGGGGCCUGCAGCCCUUUGACCGGGUCCUGCAGGUCAAUCACGUCCGCACGCGGGACUUCGACUGCUGCCUGGCAGUGCCGCUCCUGGCUGAGGCGGGUGAUGUCUUGGAACUGGUGAUCAGCAGAAACCCGCUAGCCCCAGGCAGCCAGGCCCCGAAGACACCUGGCCCCCAAAGUCCCCGGAUGCUCUAAAGCCAGGGAGAUCCUGACAUUGGGGACCUCCGUGGGGCUGGCUGGGGAUGUGGGAACCCCGCUGCUCAUCUGUCAAGCUGGCAGACUCGAUCUGUGUUCUCUGGUCCCACGGUAGAUGAGGUACUUGGGGUGAGGUCCCUGCCACAGCUGGAGUGACAUCUGCAGCCCUCCCACAGGCUGAGACAGGGCUCAACAGGAAGAGAGGGCCCUGGAGAGGCCGUGUAGUGAGCAGCCAGGAGCUUCCAGGAGUGAGCUCCCAGUCGCAGGGGCGGAGUAAGCCAGCGCUGGACGUGAGCGGUGAGCGGCCAGCUGAGGUGUGGCCCACGUGGGCUCAGGGUCAGCUUCCUGAUGGAGCCACUGCAUCAGACACCCUGCAUCCAAGGCGGAGCUGUGCUUCCUGUUCUGGGCCUCAGGAGGGACUGGGAGUCUGUGGGUGGCUCUGUCUCAGAAUCUGGGACUCGAGAGGGGUUCUAGUCCCAGGGUGGCUGGGCACCAGGCUGUGGGUGCCCCCUCCUGUCUGUGCCACCCUUUGCAUGGGCAGGAUCCGCUGGGGACAAAAGACGGAGGUUCUGGUGAGUCACCUGCCACCUGGAGGAGGACUGGGAAACAGCGAACACCCAGUGCUAACUGGUGAAGGCGCAGCUUCUCCAGGCCCAGAGCAGAGUGAGCAGCGAAGGGCCGGCCAAAGGAGCCCUUUUCAUUUUGCGACAGGCAUGGAGCAGGGCUGCUGUGGGACAUCUCAGCCCUGCCUGGUGCUGUCCGGGUCUCAGGAGGGCAGGGGGCCCACCCCACCUUCACCGCCCAACCCGGGAACCCAGAACUCAUUUCCUCUGUGGGGACAGGUGGGGUCACGGGUUCGGUCCUUGGCUGGGUGACCCCCAGUCCCAUUCCUCACUGGACAAUUGAGGCAGAAGGCUCUGAACAGUUAUCUGCUUUCAGUCACAACCAGGACCCUGCUUCGCGCCCCCAAUUCCUAGCCUGCUCCCCAAGUGUCCCGAAGGUCCUUCACACCUGUGGCCCGUUUGCCCAGGGCUCUGCUGAACACUGUUCCCAGGGGACUGGGCACUGCAGGGCGCACUGAGCAAAAGCCAGAAGGGCCCUCGAGGUCUGGGAUGUCACAGCUUGGGCAGGCGGCUCAGCCUCUCCAGAGGGACAGGGCUGAGGCGCACACGCGCUCUCAGGGCUGGUGGCAGCGUGGGGACACUGCUGGAUGCUGCCUUAGGCUCAGGGUGAGGGAGGCUGUGUCCUUCAUGCACUGCCCCGUGGUCCUGAAGACUCAUGCAACCGGCCCUCAGUGGGCAGGGCUUCCCCUGAGGCCAGCGGCCCGUCCUCCUCAUAUGCAAUACCCCGCUCUUCCUGGGCCGUCCUGGCCACGUCCGCCCUCCCCAGCACCCUGCCUGCUAUGCACUUGGGCACCGCCGUGGCCCAGCCCAGCCCAGCCCAAAGCUGUAUUUUUCUGUGUCUGAGAUUAGAGCAGAACCCUCGUAAAGUAUUUUUGUACUUGGUUUCUUAGGGCUCUGGAAAGCAGAGCGCAGCCUGGCCCAGGCCACCUGGGGUCCCCUGGGGGUGGGUGUGCGUGUGCUAACCUCGGGGCAGUGCUGUUGGGGUGACUUUUUAAAAUAAAAUUAUUUCAGUGCA